AUGGCGCAAGCUUUAUUGGCAGGCGGACUUGCUGGGACCGCUGUCGAUGUUGCCCUCUUCCCUCUUGAUACAAUAAAGACUCGGCUGCAAACUAAGGGAGGUUUUUGGGCCUCAGGAGGAUUUUCCGGAGUGUACUCUGGUCUAUCGUCAGUAGUAAUAGGAUCAGCACCGGGAGCUGCCGCUUUUUUUGUGACUUAUGAAUAUCUGAAACGGAAGCUGGCCAGUGCGCUGCCUGGGCGAAACCGCGAACCGUUGGUGCAUAUGAUUGCUGCAUCCGGUGGAGAAGUUGCCGCAUGCUUUAUUCGCGUACCAACGGAAGUUGUCAAGCAGCGAAUGCAAACUGGCCAGUAUCGAAGUGUAUCGCUAGCCUUGACAUCUAUAAUGAAGUUGAAUGGAAUACGAGGUUUUUAUCAAGGCUACUCAAUGACAGUUUUUCGCGAAAUUCCAUUCACAUGCAUCCAAUUUCCGCUAUAUGAGCGAUUUAAGAAAAUAUGGGCUGACUGGGAGGGUAGACCAGUGUAUCCGUGGGAGGCGGCCCUAUUUGGGUCAGUUGCUGGAGGAAUUGCGGCCGCGUUGACGACGCCUCUGGACGUUGUUAAGACGAGGAUCAUGCUCUCCACAAAGAGAGGAGGCGCCGUUGGUAUAUUGGAGACGUUUCGUGCAAUUGUCGCAAAGGAGGGUGCGCGAACGCUUUUUUCUGGUGUCGGGCCGCGGGUUAUAUGGAUAUCGAUCGGAGGUAGCAUCUUCCUGGGCGUUUAUGAAGCGGCGAUGAACCUACUGGUGGAUGGUAGACUGAGUGCUCAUUCGUUCGACCUGUAG